AUGGCCUGGGCGGCGGGGAGCGGUGGGGCCCGCAGGGCGCUCUCGUCGCACACGCUCCUCUUCGACCUGCCGCCCGCGCUGCUGGGCGAGCUCUGCGCGGUCCUGGACAGCUGCGACGGCGCGCUCGGCUGGCGCGGCCUCGCGGAGCGGCUUUCAAGCAGCUGGCUGGAUGUUCGUCACAUUGAAAAAUAUGUAGACCAAGGUAAAAGUGGAACAAGAGAAUUGCUUUGGUCCUGGGCUCAGAAAAACAAGACCAUUGGCGACCUUUUACAGAUCCUCCAAGAGAUGGGGCAUCAUCGAGCUAUCCAUUUAGUUACAAAUUAUGGAGCGGCCUUGAAUCCUAUAGAGCAGAGUCAUCGGGGAAAAGAAUUUCCAAACAUGUUACAAAAGGAAACAGCCAAUGUCACAGUGGAUAAUAUUCUUAUUCCUGAACGUAAUGAAAAAGGAAUAUUGCUAAAAUCCUCCAUCAGCUUUCACAACAUCGUAGAAGGAACCAAAAAUUUCCACAAAGACUUUUUAAUCGGAGAAGGGGAAAUUUUUGAGGUAUACAGAGUGGAAAUCCAAAACCGAACAUAUGCCAUUAAAUUAUUUAAACAGGGGAAAAAGAUGCAGUGUAAGAAACAAUGGAAGAGGUUUUUGUCUGAGCUUGAAGUUUUACUACUGUUCCGCCAUCCGAACAUACUGGAGUUGGCUGCAUAUUUUACAGAGAGUGAGAAGUUUUGCCUGGUUUAUCCAUAUAUGAGAAAUGGAUCACUUUUUGACAGAUUACAGUGUGUGGGUAACACAGACCCACUCUCUUGGCACAUUCGAAUCAGUGUAUUAAUAGGAACAUGUAAAGCCAUCCAGUACUUGCACAACACGGAACCGUGCUCCGUCAUCUGUGGCAGUAUAUCCAGUGCAAACAUACUUCUGGAUGAUCAGUUUCAACCCAAACUAACUGAUUUUGCCAUGGCCCACUUUCGACCUCACCUAGAACCUCAAAGCUCUGCCAUAAGCAUGACCAGCAGCAGCAGUAAGCAUGUGUGGUACAUGCCAGAAGAAUAUAUCAGACAAGGCAAACUUUCCAUUAAAACAGACGUCUACAGCUUUGGAAUUGUAAUAAUGGAAGUUCUGACAGGUUGUAAAGUGGUGUUAGAUGAGCCAAAGCAUAUCCAACUGCGGGAUCUUCUUGUCGAGUUGAUGGAGAGAAGAGGCCUCGAUUCAUGUAUCUCCUUUCUCGAUAAGAAAGUGCCUCCCUGCCCACGGAACAUUUCCGCCAAGCUGUUCUCCUUGGCAGGUCUCUGUGCUGCAACACGGGCAAAAUCAAGACCAUCAAUGGAUGAAGUCCUAAAUAUUCUUGAAAGUACUCAAGCCAGCUUGUAUUUUGUGGAAGAUCCUCCCACAUCCCUCAAGUCCUUCAGAAGUCCUUCUCCUCUGUUCUUUGAUAAUGUGCCGAGCAUCCCAGUGGAAGAUGAUGAAAACCAGAAUAAUCCAUCGCCACCUCAUGGUCAAAGUUUGAGAAAAGACAGAAUGACUCAGAAGACUCCCUUUGAAUGCAGCCAGUCUGAGGUCACAUUCCUGGGCUUUGACAAAAAGACGGGGGGUAGGGGGAAUGAGGACACUCCCAGUGGGUCUGGGCCUCCUUGGGAGGAAAGCUGGUCUCCAAAGUGUGCAACUCCAUCCCUGGACUUGAGGGCCCCCGGUGUGCAUACGGACCCUUCUGCAGAAGCUCCAGUCCUUUCCUAUAGGAGCAGGCCAGUGGAGACUAGCUGUUCCUCCGUAUUUUCCUGGAAUGAAUGCGAACAGUACAGAAAGGCAUCAGUUUCUGCUGAGGAUAAAGAAGAAAGCAAGAAUUGCUGA